UGUGUGCGACAUUAAGAAGAGAUCGCGGAUCAUUCUUUUACAAAGCCUAAUGGAUUUUUCAUUCCUUGCGCGGUAUUUGAUUAGUUCCCUAAUGAUGAAUUUAGAUGUGUGUUUCAAAACUACUUUUACCUGUAUAAGAAAUCCAGAUCAAUCUCCUUUGCGUGUCUUCAUUUUCAAAUUCAAUUCAUUUCAAAUUGUCAUUGUAUUUUUAUUCUUAUUGGGAAUGGGUUUGGUUCCUUGA